UCAGCAGCCCCAGCGGCCCUCCGACAUCCAGCAGAGUCAGCAGCCCCAGCGGCCCUCCGACAUCCUGCAGAGUCAGCAGCCCCAGCAGCUCUCCGAUGCCCAGCAGCUCUCCGACGCCCAGCAGUUCCCCGACGCCCAGCAGCUCCAGCAGCUCUCCGACGCCCAGCAGCUCCAGCAGUUCUCCGACGCCCAGCAGCUCCAGCAGCUCUCCGACGCCCAGCAGCCCUCUGACGCCCAGCAGCUCCCCGACGCCCGGCAGCUCCAGCAGCUCCCCGACGCCCGGCAGCUCCAGCAGCCUUUCGACGCCCGGCAGCUCCAGCAACCCUUCGACGCCCGGCAGCUCCAGCAACCCUUCGACGCCCGGCAGCGCCAGCAGCUCUCCAACGUCCAGCAGCUCCAGCAGCCCUCUGACAUUCAGCAGCCAAAGACUCGGCAAGAUCCAAUGCCUUUCUCUGAUCACUGUCAACCGGGUCUUGAGGAUAUCUUGCUUUCCUCGUCUCCUCUUCCCGAUGAGUUUCCAUCUCUCUCUGGUGAACAGAGUUCUAGCACGAACAGCGAUGAUGAUAAUGAUAGCGAAAAUGAUUGUGAACAACAAUAUGAGAGUGCAAGUGAGAGUCCCAGCUCAGAUUUAUCUGAUCUCACUGCAGGCCAGCGUGCCAGCACUCCUCUCAUACCGCCUUCAGCUCCUGAUCCAGUUCAAAGUGAUCAAAACUCAGGUAAUUUCUCCACUACACCUGAGUUUCCUCCACCAGACAUAAGAGUUUUUGAAAAUCUUGAACAAUGUAACCAUACUAAAAAGAGAAGAGCCUUGCAGAUCUUUAACAAGAGAGAGAAACGACUGGAUAAAAAACCCACGCCAUAAACCCUCUUAGAUCAUGAGUUAUCUUAAAGUCGCAACUUGGAAUGCGUGCGGUAUACAAUCACCUGCACUUAGAAAACAAAAAAUGAACUUUCUGCUUAAUACAAACUUUGACGUACUAUUCAUCCAAGAAAUGUGACUAAAGACAAUUAAUGAUGUUGAUGACGUAAUCAAGCUCUGGCCUAAAGGCAAAAGUGUAAUCUCUAUAGGAGAAAAUAGUGCUGAUGGGGUUGGUAUCUUCUUCAAAAUGCAUGAUGUUGAAAUAUAUAGAAGAAGAGACCUUAUCCCAGGUAGAUUGCUA